AUGCCAUUGAGGAGCUCAGCAGGAUUCAUGCUGCUCUUGCUCUCUCAGUGCACUGUGUCCCUGGGCACCAAAGAGGCAGUGGUCCUGGCUAAUGCCCACCUUCUUCCCCAAAGAGACUAUGAGAGACUGGGAAAUGCCAAUGAGAAAGACUAUCCAAGGGAUUGUUUUGAGAUUUUAAAGCACUCCAAAGGAAAUUCCAGAGAUGGCCUUUACAUCAUCCAACCAAAAGAGGAACCAAUUGUUGUCUUUUGUAACAUGCAGGACGGUGGCUGGACAGUAAUCCAGCACAUUACAGCCAACAGCACUGUUGACUUUGACAGGACCUGGCAGGACUACAAAUAUGGAUUUGGCUCUGUUCAUGAGAACCACUGGUUAGGAAAUGAAUACAUGCAUCAGUUAACUGGCAGCUCAGUGCAAUAUAUACUAGGAGUUAAACUUGUAAAUCUAAAUGCUGAAGUCAAAUGGGGACAGUAUGAGCCAUUCCUGAUUGAGGGGGAAGAGUCUCAGUAUCGAAUCAGGGUUGGUCUUUACAAAGGCAACGCCACCGAUGCGCUGACCCUGGACACAGAAGCUUAUCUCCAUGACAACCAGAAGUUCACCACCAAGGACAGAGACAAUGACAAUUACUUUAUGAAUUGUGCUAAGCUGGAACUCAAUGGCAUUCCUGGGGGAGGCUGGUGGUACGACGCAUGUGCUGGAGCAAACCUAAACCGCAGGAAUGUGAUAUACUGGCAAAAAGACUGCAGCAAGCAACACCCCUGCAAGUUUGCAUGGAUGAUGGUCAAACCCAUCGAGCACCACCAGUCAUACCCUACCAAGGCCUGCUCCUGUCAGAAAGUUGAACUGUAGACAAGCCAUGUGUAUUUGACAGGAACAUGGACUCAAGUGACUGAAGUGAACACACUGACUGAGUAAUAAUCCUAAGUAACCAUGGCUGGAAAUUUAAAUUGGGCCUCUGUAAGGGCUUUAUGUUGACGUAAUGCCCAGGACUGGAAUAUGACACAGAAAUUUGCCAACCACACAAGUGAGAAACUGUCAGAAACUGAGGCCUUUACCACAAGAUUUAAAUAACCAGAAGAUUUAAAUAAUUAAUUUUAUACUAUUUUAGCCAUA